GAGGCGACAUCUCGCAGCGCCGCUGCAGCGAGGUCAGCCAUUUUGGUCAGAUGGCGGAGCGGAGGCGAGGCGAGCUGCGCCGUGAUCGCAGCUACAGCUCGGGAAGCCGGCAGCGGAGCGAGUCCCUCUCCGAAUCCGGGAUAGGUACACUCGAUCUCGACCUAUACCGCAGGAAGACGGACGUGAUUUCUCAGAAGCUAGACGAACCAUCGAGCGGCCUUGGCAAGCUUCACUUCCGAUUGCGUUACGACUUUGACAAAUCGGAUUUUGUCAUACACCUGAUUGAAGCGCACGACCUGCCACCUGGCGACAAGGAGGGAUUCAACGACCCCUACGUUGAGGUCCGCCUGUACAAGGAGACCGAUUCCAAGCUGCGACGCUCGAGUAUCCAACGAAAGACGCUGUUCCCGGUCUUUAACGACGUCUUCAAGUUUCCGAUCACGUAUGAGGAGCUUCAAGAGAAGACGCUCCAUUUCUACGUCUACGACUUCGACAAAUUCUCGCGAGAGGAUGUCACGGGAGUGGUGAAGAUCGACAUGGGCAAGGUUGACGUCAGCUCCGAGCUAGAAGUCUGGAGUGACAUUCAGAAGCACAAACGAGUCCACGAAGGAGCUGGUGAGAUUCUGUUUUCACUCAGCUAUCUACCGUCAGCAGAUCGGCUUACUAUUGUCAUCAUGAAAGGAAAGGAUUUAAAACCAGCAGAGACUCAUCAGGGCUAUGGUGUGUAA